GUAUGAUUGGUGGUCACUGAUGAUAAUUUAGUUAAUAAUACAAAAUUUUGAUUUAAGCUUGAAAAAUUAAAAUGUAUGCAAUGAAACGGAGUUGGAUAGUAUUGAUGACUAUAUUACAGGUGGUAACGUUAACGACAUUAACAGCGACAUCGAUAAAUUCAGCCGGAACCACUAAUUACCGUCAAGUUAAAAUUCACGGCAGAGCUUUAGACCAUCGCGGUGAUCAGCAACAGAUGCAAGCACAGGUACCCACGAAUAGAACAUUUACUGGGACCAGGUCGAGACAACCCAAAACCCAAAAAAGUGUAGAUAAUCGCAGACCGUCAUUGACUGUCAGCGCUUCGGUCCAACGACAUCAACAACAACGAAAAUACGACGACAGUGCGUUAUCAUACUUGGACUGGACACCGAUUGUGCAGCAUAAGGAAUCACUGGAAACCGUUAUACCGUCUACUAUAAACGGUCGACGAGAUUAUCAGCAGCAGCGACAGGUACGUCAACCAGAUGCAAUUGUUACAUUCGUAACGUCUCCGCCGCCGACGACGACGGUGCUCUACAAAAAUAAUCUACGUCCAACAACUCACGUUCAACAUUUCGACGACGAAAGAGAUAAAUUCCAGAGUGGUAAUCAUUAUCAAUACGUGAACGCCAGUGAGUUACCCGAAGGAAAUAACAAACGUCAUAAUGUAACGCGUUUCAUUACUAACUAUGCCUACGGAGCAGUUAACGAGUACCGUAAAAAUUCGGACUUUGGGUUUCACGACAAAACGCAGGAUAAGAACAAGCCCAGUCAUCGACACAGCUACAACAAUGGUGCGUACACGACCAAAGAACAAAACAAACAUUCCACUCUGCAAGACGUGUACAACGGAAACGUGCAGUCCGGCGAGGAGAAAGAUACCGUACGACAGCCUCAAAGUUAUGAUUCAGAUUUCGAGCAUAACUUCCAACGCUAUGCAGCUCACCAAUUCGUGAACACUGAUGUGCUACAACCGGACGACGAAAAUAAAUACAAUAAUCAGAUUGCCGACAUAAGAUUACUCAACCAAAAUCAUAGGAAGAAUCAGAAUAUUUUUAAUUUACUCAAGAAUGAAACAAAAAGUGACGUCCUUCACGAUUACCCGAAAAACAUCACCACCACUGCCGCGAAUGUGAUAGUAUCAAUUGAACACGAAAAUAAUCACACCGAGGCACAUAAUAUAUAUAACACGGACGCAGCCAACAUGGCAAACGAACAACGUCUAAAUAAUAAUAACGAGGAUGUCGACGAUGAGAAUAAUGACUUUUAUCGUGAUGAUGACAACUAUGACCUGCAACAACACGUAUUUACGAACGUGAUAGUCGACGAAUGGGGAAAUAACGCCCAUCAUACAAUCGUCGACACAGAUUCAAAAGCCCAAAAACACGAAGAUGAUAGAAAAUUUGAAAAUUUGAAAUUCGACCAAGGCGUACCUAAGCAGCGCAUGAGCAGCAAUCAGUACGUAAACACGGACGUAACGGCUGCAAAAUUUGAGACGGACAGCAUAGCAACAUAUAAACGACAAAGUCAAAAUGACGAGCGGGAAAAAAUCGAACACCAACGUCGUCGAAAGCCAUCUGUCAUCGGUGGUACCGAAAUAAAUCCAACAAUUCUAACGACGGCAUCGCCUCGACAAUUACGACGCAAAGUACAACCGUCGGUUCAGACUCGCCGACCUGCUGUCGACGACGAAACAAGUAGUGAGAUGUUGUACGAUAGUCAAAACGUUUUCGGACGAAAAUAUAACCGUGACAAUCAUGGACAUAUCAUAACACCGAGCGACAUACAACCAACGGCGACAUACACUUCGAGAGUUCCCGUAGUAAUAGAGGACGUAAUAGACGGUGAUAACGAUAACAGCGCGGCCGUAGAAGAACUAAAACAGCCCGAGCAAGGCCGUUACGGUUUUGGGUACUCCGUAUUGGACGAAAACGUAGGAAUGGAUUUUGGCCAAUGGGAACGUCGCGAACCAGGUCGUACCGGUACCGUGACCGGACUAUACCGGGUUCGGUUACCGGACGGCCGGACGCAGACAGUCGAAUAUACCGUCGGCCCGGCUACCGGUUACAGGGCGUCCGUUACUUACGAGGGCGUCCAACGUCAUCCAACUGCGGUCCUACUGCCACUUGUCGAACGAAACGACUCAAAGGGCGCCGAAACACGAUCACCUGAAUAAAAAUAUUAUUUACAUAUUUAUAUUUUACAACUAUAAUUUUAAUUUAUUAAACAAAUUAAACUACUUAUUUUUAAGAAUAA